GAGGCAGCCGCCACCCCUAAUCCAGGAAGCCCCGCACCCUCUUUUGUGGGGUGGGGGGGCGAGCGAGGGUCUUCGAGAUGAGCACAGCCCUGCGGUACAAGAGCAAGCUAGUCAACCCAGAAGAAAAGCAGGACCACGAGAAGCAGUAUGUGGGCUUUGCCACUCUGCCCAACCAGGUCCAUCGGAAAUCGGUGAAGAAGGGCUUCGAUUUCACCCUCAUGGUGGCAGGAGAAUCUGGUCUGGGCAAAUCAACCUUGGUGAACAGCCUCUUUCUGACGGAUCUCUACAAAGACCGAAAACUUCUCAACGCUGAGGAAAGAAUAAAUCAGACAGUAGAGAUCGUGAAGCAUACUGUGGACAUCGAAGAGAAAGGGGUCAAGCUGAAGCUGACAAUAGUGGACACGCCAGGCUUUGGAGAUGCUGUCAACAACUCAGAUUGUUGGAAGCCGAUCACUGACUACAUUGAUCAGCAGUUUGAACAGUACUUCCGGGAUGAGAGUGGCCUCAACCGGAAAAAUAUCCAAGACAAUCGAGUUCACUGUUGCCUCUAUUUCAUCUCGCCGUUUGGACACGGAUUAAGGCCGGUUGAUGUGGAAUUCAUGAAGGCGCUCCAUGAAAAAGUGAAUAUUGUUCCCCUCAUUGCGAAAGCCGACUGCCUUGUUCCCUCUGAGAUCAAGAAGCUAAAAGAACGGAUCCGGGAAGAGAUUGAUAAGUUCGGAAUUAAAGUUUACCAGUUUCCCGAAUGUGACUCUGAUGAAGAUGAAGAUUUCAAGCAACAAGACAGAGAACUGAAGGAGAGUGCGCCCUUUGCGGUCAUUGGUAGCAACACGGUGGUGGAAGCCAAGGGGCAGAGGGUCCGAGGAAGACUCUACCCUUGGGGCAUUGUGGAAGUGGAGAACCAAGGACACUGUGACUUUGUGAAGCUACGAAACAUGCUGAUCCGAACCCACAUGCACGACCUGAAAGACGUGACGUGCGACGUCCAUUAUGAGAACUAUCGAGCACAGUGCAUCCAACAGAUGACCAGCAAACUGACUCAGGACAACCGCAUCGAAAGUCCCAUUCCCAUCUUGCCGCUUCCAACCCCGGAUGCCGAAACAGAGAAGCUGAUCAAGAUGAAGGACGAAGAGCUGCGAAGAAUGCAGGAGAUGCUACAGAAAAUGCAACAGCAAAUUCAAGAGCAGUGAGGAGGAGCCAGGACGAAGAGAGCGACUGUGUGUGUGUGUGUGUGUAUGUGUGUGUCUGUGCACACCAUGGGGUCCAUCCUGCCUUGGAAAAACGCCUUCGGGAAACUUUUUCUUACGAUCCCAAUGCGCGAAACGAGAAGGAUGUGAGCGAGAAGCACCAACGCACCUUCUCCCUCCAAGGCUGAUGGUCUUGCAAGAUGCCUCAAGAUGGGAAGAAGAUACCCCCCCCCCCCCCCCCCUCGGCCCUCUGACAGCAUCCUAGUAUUUAAACGAAAAUUUCUGCCGGGGGUGGGCGGGGGGCAGCGGCAUAUGAAGUGUGAGGACUUUAUGAACGUGCACGUCAAUGUUUACGACUAACUACGGUGCUGUGAUUUUCCUCCUCCUCCUCUUCCUCGCCUUCUUUUCCAUUCCUCCCCUUCCCCUUUCUUAACACCUGCCCUUUUUGUUGGGGUAGGGUGGGGCGGAUGAUGACCUUCUUUCGCAUAUCUGAACAAAACGUUGGUGGGACUUCCUGGGCAGAUUUGAUUUGGCUUGGAGAACUUUUGAUUCCCCCGCCUAAUUUGAGAUAAGGAGCAGAAAGUUGACUGUGCUGAGGUCAAGGUGUUCGUUGGAAGGUUCCCGGUUGAUUCUCCACCCUGCUCUAAUUCUCUUGAGAAAUACUUUCUGGACAGGGUGGAGGAAGCUGUGGACUAAAUUUUGUGGGUCAGAAUGCAAAGUUUUGUGCAUCAAGACUCAGAGUGCAACAUUUGGAGAGUCUUUAGGUGGCCUAUCUCUCCCUAGUUGGCUGAAUUUUCCAAGCUUUGCACCUGUACUUUAAGAUUUUGCCUUGUCUUUGCAUGCAAAUCUAUAUUUCCCUUCUUGCUGAACACAGAUAAAAACGGGAUCCAUCGUUAAAGAUCUAUGUCGAUUCCUAAGUUGCUUGGUGGAUUCUUUGCAGGGUGUCCCAAUUUCCACUGAGCAGAAACAAAACCUGAACCCAAAGUUUCUUUUGGGGGGCUCCCUUGGAGUUCAGUCAUUUUUUUUCUUUCUUUCAAUGCAAAAAUACUUCCCUGUAUGAGAAGCUUGGUUUGUUGGUGCAUUGUGGGUUUUGUAGUCUUCCCCCUCCAAAUAAUUUUAUGAAGAAGCUUAAAUUAAAUAAAAGCAAGCACCAAGGGUAAGGAAUACAAAGAGCAAAACAUGAAAAGAAACCAAGUGAGCCAAAGAAAGGGGAAAAAAAAGAAAGAGUAACUUCCCCAUCACCCCAGCAAGUAAAAAAUUUAAAUUAAUUCAUAGCUUAUCAGCCUCUCAAAUACAACCUCACCUCUCUCCUCCUUCCCCUUAAUUCAUUAAGAAAGAAACUCAGUGCAGAAAAGAAAGGAAAAACAGAAAAAGAAUAACUGCCCCAUCAUCCUAGCAAGUUAAAAAUAAAAUUAACAGCCUGUCAGCAUCUCUAAAUAUAACCUAAUCUCCCCCUCUCCAUAGUUCAACUCUUAAGGGCGGAAAAGUAAAACCAGAACAAAGUUAUUAAGCUUCAUCCGAUGUUCCUUGCCAGCCAAAAAAAAAAAAAUCCAACAAGGGAAUUCAAUUUGAAUUCUUUUCUUCCAUGGCUGUGCAAUCCAGAAAGUGAAGCAGCUGCUUUGAAAGGUUGCCAAGAGGCUGUGUUAAUCUCCCUACAUCCCUGAACGUCCCAUUUUGCUUUAAAUCUGAAAUACUAGGAACUUUCUCUCCUUCCUCCUAUUCUCCCCCCGCCUUUUUUUUCCCUUGCUAACCUGGUGCUGCAAAGCCUUUUCUUGGCUUUCUGUUUUUGUUGUGUGUGUGUGUAUAUGUGUGUGUGUGUGUCGUUUUUAAAGCAAGAGGAAAUGAUAACACUUCAGCCUGUUGAAUUGAGAUAAAGAUCCCCUCUCUAUACCCAGCAAUGCACAUACCCAGCUGGAUGCUUUUUUAAAAAAAAAAACCGUAGUUUUGUGCCCUCUUGACAAAAGAUACACUUAUUUUUCCUCACACCAACUAAC